AUGUCCAAACCUAAGCCAGCCACCAGCUCAGAACGUCACGAAGGAUUUCAGUCUCGCAAACUUGGAGACCUAGAGACCUUUGCGGACGUCAUGGCCAAAGCACCGCAAGAAGCGCGACCCUUCCUAAUGGACACGGUCAAGGCCAGCGAUGAGACCUCCAUCUUGCUCAACAACGGCAACUACAUGACCUACAACGGGGUCAUAAUCUGUCCCCAAAAUGACAGGAGCAACGCUCGCGAGUGGAUCAUCAAGGAGCCGUGGAGACGCCUUGACGGCACGAUCGUGUACGGAGAUCACUGGGAGCGCAAGAACAACGGCGUCUUCGUUGCACCGAGCGGCCUGAUGAUCGACAAGAAUCUUACGCUCAUACAUCGUAACGGCCAGACUAUCUUUCCAGACGGCGCCGUUGUCAUGCCGAACGGCAAGAUGCAGAUCGGCCAGCCCAACACCGUCGGCAUCAUCUAUCGACCAGGCCUCAGCCCCGUCAGAGGGAUCCAACACUGGGCUCUCCCAGAGCCUUCGAUCGACGAGGAAGUGCUCCGGGGGAUCGUGCCGGCCGAUCCUUCGAAAGGAAUCGUCGUGUCCCACCCUCAGGCCCAGCAGAAGUCGCAUUCUCGGGCAUGGGACCAAGCAGCCGCUGGUGCCACCCAGCAUACUACUGACCGUCUCCUCAACACGACCGACGACCAAGCCGCGUGCGCCGAGCCGGGAAAGUACGUGCCUCCCCACGUUCGCACCCGCAUGUCGUCGCAGACCGAGAAACCCAAGAGGCGGAUCCAGCUGACGCUCGAGGAGCUGAACACGUUCACGCCUCCGCACCUCCGCCACCUCCUCCGCGGCUGCGACGCCGACGGCUGCGGCACCGACAUCUUCGGCAUCCCGAUGUGUCUCGGCUACGCCGAAAAGCUCGUCCUGCUCCCCUACGCCAAAGAGGCUCUCAAAAUCAUCAACGGCGCCUGA